AUGGCGAGUGGAAUGCCAGUAAACGAGUCCUGUGUGACAACCUUUAACGACCUUAAGCUCCGUCACUCCUGCAAGUGGAUCAUCUUCAAGAUUGACCACGACGAGAUUAUUGUGGAGAAGCAGGGGAGCGGUGACGCUUCUACUCUUAAGUCUGAGCUCCCGCCAAGUGAUUGCCGAUACGCAGUGUAUGAUGAGGGUCAAAGGAUCCACUUCAUUCUUUGGUCUCCCGAUGUCGCCCCUGUGAAGCCACGGAUGAUUUACUCUUCGUCUAAGGACGCAUUGGCGAAGAAGCUGGAGGGCACUGUGGCCACCACCUUGGAAGCCCACGAGAUCGGCGACCUCUGCACUCUUCACUAA